UCCAAAUUAUUUUCGUAAAAAACUUUUUAAUCCUAUCUAAUUGAAUGCUAUAAUUUGCAGAAACAUACCUAAUGAUAUCAAAUUAAUAUGGAUAGAUUUGUUGUUCGCGAACCAAGAAUUGGUGCAGGUUUUUAUUUCAGAAAUUAAUUUUGUGCAUAAAGAAGUUGGUGAACAUAGUGAUUACAAAGUGCUUUAGACUUUCCACAGGCAAAUCAAGUGAUCGGCUUUGAAUCUAAUAGCCUGCCAAGGAACAACAACACUAUGAUUCCUCAAGAAAGCAUGUAUCUUGGCGGCUACGGACGGGAAUAUCCGAUUCAACACAUGCCAUCUCCAGGUUACUAUGCUGUCCACCAACAAAUGGGCUCUAAUAACUUUCAACUUCAACCCACACAUCUUCACCCCGUCCAAGCUCAGAUGAUGUCUGGCAUUGAUCCACGGUAUUUGGCUGGUUAUUCAGAUGGCAAUGCGGCUACAUUUAUUGCCACAGGUCAACAAGCGCAGACCGAAAGACAGCCCACGAUUCCUAACUUCGGUGGUGACUACGAGAAUCGUAGCUUCGUAGCGCCGGAUCGUAGCAAGCAAAAAAUGUUUGUAGCGCAAGCGCAAGCAACUGUGCCGCAAGUUCAUAAAGAAAAAACGCAAGAGACAUCGAAAGUGGUGAAUAUCAAUAACAGCCCUGUUUCUCGUACCAACUCGAUUAAGGAGCAGUCUGCGUUUACACCACGACAAUCCCUUACACCAGUGGCAAAUAAAACCGUUAAUGAAAGUAUUGCAAAGGAAGAAUCUUCAAAUAAGAUAUUGACGCGCUCAGAGAAACUCCAGGCUUUAUACAAAUCUGGACCGAGAGCAUUUUCGGGCCCAGUUGAGAAGGUGCUCAAAUGGCAUAAGGCGUUGCAAGAAAUAGGCCUCCUGGUCAUUUAUGAGAUCGUUGCCAAAUGCGUCAGCGUAAGAGCCGGCGAUUCUUGCGCUAAGACCCUUGUAGUGAGGGACGACAGCGGCCCGGCCAUGCAAGUCGUCUACUACGAGAUAGACUUCCUACUGCCUGAGUUGAAACCUCCGUGUACAGUUAGGGUGAUUGGCAGAAUGAUGGCAGGGACGUGUAGACUGCAAGCGUUCAGCGUGCGGUCUGCAACGGGCGACGACGUUGCAGCGUUGCCGCGACGGGCCGCCGUUGCAGCGCAUCACGUUGCCAAGAUAUGCAAGGACUAUGGCAUUCAUGUUUAGUACUUAAGUUAAUGCGAUGGUUUAUAUUUUGUUUCUGAUUGUAUUGUUGCUAAAUGUGUAGAUUGUUUGAUAAAUAUUAUAAUUAAUUUC